UUCACGCUCGCCCCGGAAGAGCGGGAGUGCAAAUUCUCUCGUAAAAACAAUGAAAUAAAAGAGGAAGUCUUCUCGAGCUAUCGAAGGAAGCAGAGUAGAGAGAGGAAGUACAGCGAGAGAGAGCGGGAGGUUUAGAAGUUGCACGAGUCGUUUCUUUCAGAAACCCUAGAAACACAGAAGGGCGCGAAACAGGGGAGAAGUCAAAAUUCUGCUUUGAAGGAACCUGCAGAGUUAGGGUUUUAACCCUCUCUGCAACUUCAAAAAUGAGUCCAAUUCAGAACUUCGAACAACAUGCUAGACAUCUUGUCGAGCCGGACCUCCCUAUUCAGACGAGGCUUCAGAUGGCAAUGGAGGUCCGGGACAGCCUUGAGAUUGCUCACACAGCGGAAUACUUAAACUUCCUCAAAUGUUACUUUCGUGCCUUCUCAAUGAUUCUCACACAGAUUACGACGCCUCAGUUCACUGACAACGCUGAGCACAAGCUUAGAAAUGUCAUUGUUGAGAUUCUUAAUCGUCUCCCUCACAGUGAGGUUCUCCGCCCCUUUGUUCAGGAUCUCUUGAAGGUCGCUCUGCAAGUUCUGACAUUGGACAACGAAGAGAAUGGCCUAAUUUGUAUCCGUAUCAUAUUUGACCUCCUACGGAAUUUCCGCCCAAGCCUUGAGACUGAGGUCCAACCGUUCAUUGACUUCGUUUGUAAAAUAUACCAGAACUUUAGAUUGACUGUAAACUACUUCUUUGAUGAUCCUCCGGGUGGAGAAGAUAAUAAGUCACUUGAUGGUUCGGGUCAAGUCGCCACUGGAUACAUUGGUGCAGGACAACUUAACCCCAGCACUCGGUCAUUCAAGAUUGUGACAGAGAGCCCGCUGGUGGUUAUGUUCCUCUUUCAGCUGUAUGGGAGGCUUGUUCAAACUAACAUUCCUCAUCUGUUGCCUUUGAUGGUUGCGGCAAUAUCUGUUCCAGGUCCCGAAAAGGUUCCUCCCCAGUCAAAGAACCACUUCAUUGAACUAAAGGGGGCGCAGGUUAAGACAGUUUCCUUUUUAACUUACCUGCUGAAGAGUUGUGCUGACUAUAUCAGGCCACAUGAAGAAAGCAUAUGCAAAAGCAUUGUAAAUCUGCUCGUUACUUGUCCUGACUCUGUUUCUAUUCGAAAGGAAUUGCUAGUUGCCUUGAAACAUGUUCUUGGAACGGAUUUUAAACGAGGUUUAUUUCCUUUAAUCGACACAUUAUUGGAAGAAAGGGUUCUUGUGGGAACUGGUCGGGCAUGCUUUGAGACUUUGCGACCAUUGGCUUAUAGUCUACUUGCUGAGAUUGUUCACCAUGUUCGCAGUGACCUUUCAUUGUCACAGUUGUCACGAAUUAUAUACUUGUUUUCGAGUAACAUGCACGAUGCAUCUUUGUCUCUCAGCAUUCAUACUACCUGUGCACGCCUAAUGUUGAACCUGGUAGAACCCAUUUUUGAGAAAGGCAUUGACCAGCCAGCCAUGGAUGAAGCACGGAUCCUAUUGGGGAAAAUUUUGGAUGCUUUUGUAGGGAAGUUUGGUACCUUCAAACGAACUAUACCACAGCUACUAGAAGAGGGUGAAGAGGGAAGAGAGCGAUCCACAUUGAGGUCAAAGCUUGAACUCCCUGUGCAGGCAGUUCUAAAUGUGCAGGUCCCUCUGGAACAUUCUAAGGAAGUCAGUGAUUGUAAACAUCUAAUCAAGACAUUGGUUAUGGGAAUGAAGACAAUAAUCUGGAGCAUCACUCACGCUCAUUUUCCUCGGACUCAGGUUUCACCAACACCACAUGGAACACAUCAACCGAUGCAGGUUUCACCAUCAACCAAUAUGCCUCUUCCUCAAGUAUUUAAAGGGAUGAGAGAAGAUGAGGUGUGGAAAGCCUCUGGUGUUCUGAAGAGUGGCGUCCACUGUUUAGCUCUGUUCAAAGAGAAAGAUGAGGAGCGGGAAAUGCUCCACCUUUUUUCCCAGAUUUUAGCUAUCAUGGAGCCUCGUGAUCUGAUGGACAUGUUUUCUCUGUGCAUGCCAGAGCUUUUUGAUUGCAUGAUUAGCAACAACCAAUUGCUUCAAAUAUUUUCCACUCUUCUGCAAGCACCUAAGGUUUUUCGGCCCUUUGCAGAUGUUUUGGUCAAUUUUCUUGUCAGCAGUAAGCUUGACGCCCUGAAGCAUCCAGAUACGCCUGCAGCAAAACUAGUGUUGCAUCUUUUUCGGUUGUUAUUUGCUGCGGUUGCUAAAGUUCCUUCAGAUUGCGAACGUAUUUUGCAGCCUCAUGUGCUUUCUAUCAUGGAAGUUUGCAUGAAAAGUGCUACUGAAGUUGAAAAACCACUUGGCUAUAUGCAGCUUCUUCGUACAAUGUUCCGCGCACUUGCAGGAGGCAAAUUUGAACUUCUAUUGAGAGACCUAAUACCCACAUUGCAGCCUUGUUUAAAUAUGUUGCUUGCUAUGGUUGAGGGCCCUACAGGUGAAGAUAUGAGGGACCUUGUCCUGGAGCUUUGCUUAACCUUGCCAGCACGAUUAAGUUCUUUGUUGCCUCACCUUUCUCGUCUUAUGAAGCCCCUUGUUUUGACUCUAAAAGGAAGUGAUGACCUAGUAGCCUUAGGUCUAAGAACUCUUGAGUAUUGGAUUGAUAGUUUAAAUCCUGAUUUCUUGGAACCAAGUAUGGCAAAUGUUAUGUCUGAAGUGAUAUUAGCCUUAUGGUCACACUUGAGGCCUGCACCUUAUCCAUGGGGUGCAAAAGCUUUGCAACUUUUGGGUAAGCUAGGUGGUCGUAAUAGACGCUUUCUUAAAGAGCCUCUUGCACUUGAGUGCAAGGAGAACCCUGAACAUGGUCUUCGCUUGAUUCUUACAUUUGAGCCAUCAACCCCAUUUUUGGUACCUUUGGACCGCUGUAUUUAUUUGGCUGUAGCAGCAGUCAUGCAGAAAAACCUUGGCAUGGAUUCUUUCUAUAGAAAGCAGGCUCUAAAAUUCCUUCGUGUGUGCUUAUCAUCUCAGUUGAAUCUGCGAGGUAAUGUUACUGGAGAGGGAGUGACUCCUGGGCAAUUGUCAAUGUUGUUAGUUUCUUCAGUAGAUUCUUCUUGGCAUCGGGCUGAGACAUCAGAUAUGAAGAGCGACCUAGGUGUAAAGACCAAGACCCAACUUAUGGCUGAGAAGUCUGUUUUCAAGAUACUCCUGAUGACCAUAAUCGCUGCGAGUGCAGAGCCAGAUCUCCAUGAUCCCAAUGAUGAUUUUGUUCUCAAUGUUUGUCAUCAUUUUGCUAUGAUUUUCCAUGUAGAUAGUUCUUCAAGUAAUUCAUCAAUUGCUAGUGGGCAACUUGUGGGUCCAGUGCUUGCAUCAACUAACAAUUCCGGUUCCAGGUCAAGGACCACCACUCGUUCUAAUCUCAAGGAACUGGAUCCAUUAAUAUUUUUAGAUGCAUUAGUGGAUGUGCUAGCUGAUGAAAACAGGCUUCAUGCUAAAGCUGCUCUUAAUGCUCUAAAUGUGUUUUCCGAAACACUUCUGUUACUUGCUCGAUCGAAGCAUACAGGUUUACUAACCUCAAGGAAUGGUCCUGGAACUCCCAUGAUGGUCUCUAGUCCAUCAAUGAAUCCUGUAUAUUCACCACCUCCAGGUGUCCGAAUUCCUGUGUUUGAGCAACUUCUGCCUCGCCUUCUGCAUUGUUGUUAUGGAAGCACAUGGCAAGCUCAAAUUGGAGGGGUGAUGGGGCUUGGGGCUUUGGUUGGUAAAGUCACUGUUGAGACUCUAUGUUUUUUCCAAGUAAGAAUAGCACGGGGAUUGGUAUAUGUUCUUAAAAGGCUUCCUUUGCAUGCUAACAAAGAGCAGGAAGAGACGAGUCAAGUGCUUACACAAGUUCUCCGUGUUGUAAAUAAUGUUGAUGAAGCAAACAGUGAGCCCCACAGACAAAGUUUUAAGGGAGUUGUUGAGUAUCUUGCUUCAGAGUUGUUUAAUCCAAAUGCAUCCAUUAUUGUGAGAAAGAAUGUGCAAUCAUGCUUGGAUCUUCUGGCAAAUAGAACUGGUAGUGAGGUAUCUGAGUUACUUGAGCCUUUACAUCAACCUAUGAUUCAGCCUCUAUUUUCGCGGCCACUCCGGUCCAAGAAUGUUGAUCAACAGGUUGGGACAGUCACAGCUCUGAACUUUUGCUUAGCCCUGAGGCCUCCACUUCUUAAGUUGAACCCUGAUCUAGUGAAUUUUUUGCAAGAAGCUUUACAAAUUGCUGAGGCUGAUGAGACUGUAUGGGUUGUGAAAUUUAUGAACCCAAAAGUGACCACGUCAUUUAACAAGCUUCGGACGGCGUGCAUUGAAUUACUUUGUACAGCAAUGGCAUGGGCAGAUUUUAAGACACCAAAUCAUUCUGAAUUGCGCUCAAAGAUCAUUUCUAUGUUUUUCAAGUCUUUGACAUGUCGCACACCAGAAAUUGUUGCUGUUGCAAAAGAAGGGCUGCGGCAGGUUAUUCAACAGCAAAGGAUGCCCAAAGAACUUUUGCAGACCAGUCUCAGGCCUAUUUUAGUUAACUUGGCACACACAAAGAGUCUCAGCAUGCCUCUUCUGCAGGGUCUGGCACGCCUGCUUGAACUUCUGUCCAACUGGUUUAAUGUCACCUUAGGUGGUAAAUUGUUGGAGCACCUAAAGAAAUGGUUGGAACCAGAAAAGCUUGCACAGUGUCAGAAGUCAUGGAAAGCUGGUGAGGAGCCAAAAAUUGCAGCAGCUAUCAUCGAACUUUUCCAUCUGCUCCCUCCAGCAGCAGGGAAGUUCCUUGAUGAACUUGUGUCUUUGACAAUGGACUUGGAAGCGGCGCUUCCCCAUGGACAAUUUUACAGUGAAAUUAACAGUCCUUAUCGGCUCCCACUUACUAAAUUCUUGAACCGAUAUGCAACAGAUGCGGUUGACUAUUUUCUUGGUCGGUUGAGCCAGCCACGAUACUUUAGACGAUUUAUGUAUAUAAUACGUUCAGAUGCUGGCCAGCCUUUAAGAGAAGAACUUGCAAAAUCUGCUCAGAAGAUACUUUCCAGUGCAUUUCCUCAAUACUUUCCAAAAGCUGAAGGAUUAGUAGCAUCGGGAUCUAAUAGUACAGUUGCAGUUUCAAUGGGUGAUGAAAGCCUUGGCACAUCUCUGCCUGAGGGUUUUUCUAAUCCACCUGCAUCUGCAGGGGCCAAUUCAGAUGCAUACUUCCAUGGACUUGCUCUAAUAUCAGCUUUGGUUAAAUUGAUGCCUGAUUGGUUACAUGCUAAUCGUGUUGUUUUUGAUACUUUAGUACUUGUCUGGAAAUCACCUGCAAGAAUGUCACGUUUACAAAAUGAACAAGAAUUGAGUUUGUUGCAAGUAAAAGAAAGCAAAUGGCUUGUAAAAUGUUUUCUGAAUUACUUACGCCAUGAUAAACAAGAAGUGAAUGUGCUAUUUGAUAUGCUCUCCAUAUUUCUGGUCCACACUCGCAUUGAUUAUACUUUUCUGAAGGAGUUUUACAUCAUUGAGGUUGCUGAGGGCUAUCCUCCGAAUUUGAAAAAGACACUUCUUUUACAUUUUUUGCAACUUUUCCAAUCAAAACAACUGGGUCAUGAUCAAUUGGUUAUCGCUAUGCAAAUGCUCAUUCUUCCAAUGCUAGCUCAUGCUUUCCAGAAUGGUCAAAGUUGGGAGGUUGUUGACCCUUCUAUAAUAAAAACAAUUGUUGACAAGCUUCUUGAUCCCCCAGAAGAGGUUUCUGCCGACUAUGACGAACCUUUCCGAAUAGAACUUCUGCAGUUGGCUACGCUGCUUCUAAAGUAUCUACAAAAUGAUCUUGUUCAUCAUCGGAAGGAGCUUAUCAAGUUUGGUUGGAAUCAUCUGAAGCGUGAAGAUAGUGCUAGCAAACAAUGGGCAUUUGUCAAUGUCUGCCACUUCUUGGAGGCUUAUCAGGCCCCAGAAAAAAUUAUACUGCAGGUUUUUGUUGCUCUUCUUAGAACUUGCCAACCAGAGAAUAAGAUGCUGGUCAAACAGGCCCUUGAUAUAUUAAUGCCAGCACUACCACGAAGAUUGCCUUUGGGAGAUUCUCGUAUGCCGAUUUGGAUUCGAUAUACCAAAAAGAUUCUAGUUGAGGAGGGUCAUUCUAUUCCUAACUUGAUACACAUUUUCCAGCUAAUUGUUCGCCAUUCAGAUCUCUUCUACAGUUGUAGAGCACAAUUUGUCCCUCAAAUGGUAAAUUCUUUGAAUCGCCUUGGAUUGCCUUAUAACACAACUGCAGAAAAUAGGCGCCUUGCUGUUGAACUUGCUGGAUUGGUUGUCGGGUGGGAAAGGCAAAGGCAAAAUGAGAUGAAAGUAGUUCCUGAUCCAGAAGGUCCUAGCCCAAGUGCUGAUGCAUUUAAUCCAGUAUCUGUUGGCAGUGACCCAAAACGUCCAUCAGAAAAUUCUGCAUUCCCUGAUGAUCUAAGUAAACGAGUAAAGGUGGAACCCGGUCUUCAGUCUCUUAGUGUUAUGUCACCUGGUGGUGUAUCAUCAAUCCCAAAUAUAGAAACUCCUGGAUCUACUGGUCAACCUGAUGAAGAGUUCAAGCCUAAUGCUGCCAUGGAGGAAAUGAUUAUCAAUUUUCUCAUACGAGUGGCAUUGGUAAUAGAACCCAAAGAUAAGGAAGCUAGUUCUAUGUAUAAGCAAGCCCUGGAGCUACUAUCCCAAGCUUUGGAGGUGUGGCCAAAUGCCAAUGUUAAAUUCAAUUAUUUAGAGAAGUUGUUGAGUAGCCUUCAACCAUCUCAAUCGAAGGAUCCAGCAACAGCUCUGGCACAGGGCCUGGAUGUUAUGAACAAGGUCUUGGAGAAGCAGCCUCAUUUGUUCAUCCGAAACAACAUCAACCAGAUCUCUCAGAUACUUGAGCCUUGUUUCAACAAUAAAAUGUUGGAUGCUGGGAAGUCUCUGUGCUCCUUGUUGAAAAUGGUUUUUGUGGCUUAUCCUCCAGAAGUUGCUAAUACACCACAGGAUGUGAGGAUGUUGUAUCAAAGGGUUGAAGAGCUUAUACAAAAGCAUCUUGCUGCAGUGACUGCUCAUCAGAUAUCACUUGAAGUUACUUCUGCUAACUCCAUGAUUAGUUUUGCACUCUUUGUGAUUAGAACAUUGACAGAGGUGCAGAAGAACUUCAUUGAUCCUUUCAUUUUGCCAUUGGCUCGUGUGCUUCAACGCCUUGCACGGGAUAUGGGAUCAGCUGCAGGUUCUCAUUUGAGACAAGGUCAAAGACCAGAUCCCGAUUCUGCAGUUAGUUCUUCUCGUGCUGUUGCUGACAUAGGAGCAGUCACCUCUAACUUGAAAUCUGUGCUCAAACUUAUCAGUGCCAGGGCUAUGACUGUUCCAGAUUGCAAGAGAUCUAUAAAUCAAAUACUAAGUACAUUAUUGUCAGAGAAGGGUACAGAUGCGAGUGUGCUACUCUGCAUUCUUGAUGUAAUAAAGGGAUGGAUUGAAGAUGACUUUAGUAGGACAGCUGCAUCAAGUACGCCAGGUGCUGUUCUCACUCAGAAGGAGAUAGUUUCUUAUCUUCAAAAAUUGUCGCAAGUUGAUAAGCAGAACUUCACCACUGAUACUCUAGAAGAGUGGGACAGGAAAUAUCUUGAGCUUCUUUAUGGAAUUUGUGCCGAUUCAAACAAAUAUCCCCAAUCCUUGCGGCAAGAAGCUUACCAGAAAGUAGAAAGACAAUUUAUGCUUGGCCUUAGGGCAAAAAAUCCUGAGGUUAGGCAGAAAUUCUUCUCUCUCUAUCAUGAGUCCCUUGGAAAAACAUUGUUCACAAGGCUGCAGUUCAUCAUCCAAAUCCAGGACUGGGAAGCACUAAGUGAUGUCUUUUGGCUGAAGCAAGGUCUUGAUCUUCUUCUUGCAAUCUUGCUUGAAAAUGAACCUAUCACACUUGCUCCAAACUCUGCUCGAGUACCCCCACUCAUGGCCUUGGGGAGUCUGACAGAGCGUUCUGGGGUGCAACAACAGGCUACUGAUGUACCUGAUGAAGGAGGAGGUCCUUUAACACUCGAUAGCCUUGUGUAUAAGCAUGCCCAGUUUCUAACUGAGAUGAGCAAACUUAAGGUGGCUGAUCUAGUUAUUCCUUUGAGAGAGCUGGCUCAUACAGAUGCUAAUGUUGCAUACCAUAUGUGGGUACUGGUUUUUCCUAUUGUCUGGGUGACUCUUCACAAGGAAGAGCAGGUGGCUCUAGCGAAGCCAAUGAUAGCUCUCUUGUCAAAAGAUUACCACAAGAAGCAGCAAGCAAGCAGACCUAAUGUUGUGCAGGCACUUCUAGAAGGCCUUCACUUGAGCCAUCCUCAACCUCGGAUGCCAAGUGAACUCAUAAAAUAUAUUGGAAAGACUUACAAUGCUUGGCAUAUCUCAUUGGCUCUGCUUGAAAGUCAUGUUAUGUUGUUCAUGAAUGACACAAAGUGUUCUGAGUCUCUUGCUGAGCUUUAUAGGUUACUCAAUGAAGAAGACAUGAGAUGUGGAUUAUGGAAGAAGAGGUCAGUUACUGCAGAAACCAGGGCUGGGCUUUCACUGGUUCAGCAUGGUUACUGGCAGCGUGCUCAGAGCCUCUUUUACCAAGCCAUGAUUAAGGCAACACAAGGCACUUACAAUAACACUGUCCCAAAGGCUGAAAUGUGCCUGUGGGAAGAGCAAUGGCUUUAUUGUGCUAGUCAACUUAGCCAGUGGGAUGUGUUGGUAGACUUUGGCAAGAGUGUUGAGAAUUAUGAAUUACUAUUGGAUUGCCUAUGGAAAAUUCCAGAUUGGGCAUAUAUGAAGGAUAAUGUAAUUCCAAAGGCUCAAGUGGAAGAGACUCCAAAGUUGCGAUUAGUCCAGGCCUUUUUUGCUCUUCAUGAUAGAAAUACAAAUGGUGUUGGAGAUGCUGAAAACAUAGUUGGAAAAGGUGUUGAUCUUGCUCUGGAACAAUGGUGGCAAUUGCCUGAAAUGUCUGUUCAGUCCCGAAUACCUCUUCUGCAGCAAUUUCAACAACUAGUUGAAGUUCAAGAAUCAGCUAGGAUUAUAGUUGACAUUGCCAAUGGAAGCAAGCAACUUUCAGGAGGUACUGUCGUGGGUGUUCAUACUGGUGGUUAUAUGGAUCUCAAGGACAUCCUUGAGACUUGGCGGCUAAGAACUCCAAAUGAAUGGGACAAUUUGUCAGUGUGGUAUGAUUUGCUUCAAUGGAGGAAUGAAAUGUAUAAUGCUGUCAUAGAUGCUUUCAAGGAUUUUGGAAAUACAAAUUCUCAACUUCAUCAUCUUGGUUACCGUGACAAGGCAUGGAAUGUUAAUAAGCUUGCUCACAUUGCCCGUAAGCAAGGCCUUUACGAUGUUUGUGUGACAAUUCUUGAAAAGAUGUAUGGGCACUCAACCAUGGAAGUGCAGGAGGCCUUUAUAAAAAUUAGUGAACAAGCAAAAGCUUAUCUUGAAAUGAAGGGCGAACUUACUAGUGGCCUUAAUUUGAUAAACAGUACCAAUCUGGAAUAUUUUCCUGCAAAACACAAAGCAGAAAUUUUCCGUCUCAAGGGGGACUUUCUAUUGAAGCUAAAUGACUGUGAGAAUGCUAAUCUUGCAUAUUCCAGUGCCAUCGGCCUCUUCAAACAUUUGCCUAAGGGAUGGAUAAGCUGGGGAAAUUAUUGUGAUAUGGUUUACAAGGAAACCCAUGAAGAAAUUUGGUUGGAGUAUGCAGUGAGUUGCUUUCUUCAAGGCAUCAAAUAUGGGGUCUCUAACUCAAGGAGCCAUCUGGCUCGUGUCCUCUAUCUACUUAGUUUUGAUACUGCUAAUGAACCUGUUGGAAGAUCUUUUGACAAGUACUUGGAUCAAAUUCCACAUUGGGUUUGGCUUUCUUGGGUCCCUCAGCUUUUGCUUUCCUUGCAAAGGACAGAAGCACCUCAUUGUAAACUUGUUUUAUUAAAAAUAGCAACUGUCUACCCACAGGCCUUGUAUUAUUGGUUGCGUACAUAUUUGCUUGAACGUCGUGAUGUUGCCAGUAAGUCUGAACUGGGAAGGCUGGCAAUGGCUCAGCAACGUAUGCAACAAAAUAUCUCUGGGGCUGGUACAGGUUCUCUAGGUUUGGCUGAUGGAAAUACUAGGGUACAGAGUCAUGUUGGAGGUGCUAUAAGCUCAGAUAAUCAGGCUCAUCAAGCUCAUCAGUCUGGAAGUCUUGGUGGGUCCCAUGAUGGUGGCAAUUCUCAUGGACAAGAACCUGAGAGGACCACAGGUGUUGAAGGUGGUCCACAUGCUGCGCAUGACCACACCCAACCUUUACAACAAGGCUCGUCAACCAUAAACGAAGGUAGUCAAAGUGCAUUAAGGCGUAGUGGUGCACUUGGAUUGGCAGCUUCUGCUGCUAGUGCAUUUGAUUUAGCAAAAGAUGUUAUGGAGACUCUUAGGAGCAAGCAUACAAAUUUGGCUGGUGAACUAGAGACUCUGCUUACAGAAAUUGGCUCUAGAUUUGUUACUCUGCCUGAGGAGAGACUUCUGGCCGUGGUCAAUGCUCUGCUUCACCGCUGUUACAAGUAUCCAACUGCCACUACUGCAGAAGUUCCUUUAUCUCUGAAGAAAGAGCUCUCUGGUGUUUGCAAGGCUUGUUUUUCAGCUGAUGCUGUGAAUAAGCAUGUUGAUUUUGUGAGGGAGUACAAACAGGACUUUGAACGUGAUCUUGAUCCAGAAAGCACAGCUACUUUCCCUGCUACCCUUUCUGAACUUACCGAGCGACUGAAGCACUGGAAAAAUGUUCUACAGAGCAAUGUUGAAGACAGAUUCCCAGCUGUAUUAAAGCUGGAAGAAGAAAGCAAAGUUUUGCGUGAUUUUCAUGUUGUUGACGUUGAGGUUCCAGGGCAGUAUUUCACUGAUCAGGAAGUUGCACCUGAUCAUACAGUGAAGUUAGACAGAAUUGGAGCAGAUAUACCAAUUGUUCGACGGCAUGGGAGCAGUUUCCGCCGCCUGACUCUCAUUGGCUCUGAUGGCUCUCAGCGUCAUUUUAUUGUUCAGACAUCUUUGACCCCCAAUGCCAGAAGUGAUGAACGUAUACUGCAGCUUUUCCGUGUAAUGAACCGAAUGUUUGACAAGCAUAAAGAAUCAAGGCGUCGCCACAUUUGCAUCCACACCCCAAUAAUCAUCCCUGUUUGGUCCCAGGUCCGAAUGGUAGAGGAUGAUUUGAUGUAUGGCACCUUUCUUGAGGUCUAUGAGAACCACUGUGCACGGAACAAUCGAGAGGCAGAUCUCCCAAUCACACAUUUUAAGGAACAAUUAAACCAGGCUAUCUCAGGCCAGGUUUCUCCAGAAGCUGUUGUGGACUUGCGCCUGCAAGCAUAUAAUGACAUCACCAAGAACCUUGUCACUGACAAUAUAUUCUCACAGUACAUGUAUAAAACUCUUCUGACUGGCAACCACCUAUGGGCUUUCAAAAAGCAAUUUGCUGUCCAACUUGCCCUUUCAAGUUUCAUGUCCUUCAUGUUGCAAAUUGGUGGAAGGACCCCAAACAAGAUUCUGUUUGCUAAGAACACUGGCAAAAUAUUCCAGACUGACUUCCAUCCAGCUUAUGAUGCAAAUGGAAUGAUUGAGUUUAAUGAACCAGUGCCUUUCCGACUGACAAGAAACAUGCAGGCUUUCUUUUCCCAUUUUGGGGUGGAAGGUUUGAUUGUGUCUGCCAUGUGUUCUGCAGCCCAAGCUGUGGUUUCACCUAAGCAAAGUCAGCACUUGUGGCACCAGUUAGCUAUGUUCUUCCGUGAUGAGCUUCUUUCUUGGUCUUGGAAAAGACCACUGGGAAUGCCCUCGGCCCCAGUUGCUGUAGGGGGUAGCUUGAACCCUACGGAAUUCAAGCAUAAAGUUACCACUAAUGUGGAGCAUGUAAUUGGCCGGAUCAAAGGAAUAGCCCCACAGUACUUCUCUGAGGAGGAAGAGAAUGCCAUGGAUCCACCGCAGUCGGUACAGAGAGGUGUGACCGAGCUAGUUGAAGCUGCCUUGACUCCGAGGAACUUAUGCAUGAUGGAUCCGACGUGGCACCCAUGGUUCUAACUGCUAGUGCUAACCCACUUUCCGGAUUGUAUGUCAAAGCAUUUGUAGCUGUCUUAAAAGUAUGAUGAUCAUCAGCAGUCAUCGCUUUUGUAAUUUACUAAUUUAUACACAUGUACAUUUUUCUGUACAUAUAUAUCAGUUUUAGAAGUGAUGUAGAUUGUAGAACCUUGCAAGUUUUAUACGCGUUAAAAAA